AAAUGCAAUUUGACGGCUCACUUUUGUUGAUAAGAGGCGAAGUUCAUGCAAGCAUGAAAGAAAAGGUUACAAAGUUGAGAUUGGGCUGAACAGUGAUGGAGAACUGACUUUGGCAAACUGUUCUUGUCCAAAAGGAAUAAAAUGCCAUCAUAUUGUAGCGCUAGCAUUAUUUGGGCAUUAUAACAUAUCUACAACAGACAAAGAAUGUUCAUGGAAUGCUCCAAAAAGUAAAUUUGCCAAUUAUCGAAAACAUAUUAUCAUCAGAUGAGUUUGUCAAUGCUUCUGAAAAAAUAAAAUACUUAAAAGAAAAAUGUGCCAUUGACGAUGCACAUAUAGAAUAUAUUGCUGAAAUUACCACAGGCCAAUCUCAAAAUGAAAAAUGGUUUUUAUUAAGAAAACAUCGACUUCCUGCAAGUAAUUUUGGAACUAUACUUGCUGCUUGUCAGAGAAAUAGAUUUCCUGAUAGUUUAUUUAAGACUUUAACUGGUUCGUACAGUCCUGAAGGUGUUAAGGCGAUACAGUGGGGCAAAACGCAUGAACAAAGUGGAAUUGAUUUCUUGAAAUCCGACCUUAACAAGGAUAUUAGGCCAACAGGAUUAUGGCUGUCAAAUACAGGAAUUUUGGGAGCAAGUCCUGACGGUCUAAUUGAUAAUGACACCAUUGUGGAAAUUAAAUAUCCAAGGAAACCUUUUUUUAACAAGAAGAAAACAAAGUAUAUUGUGUAUUUGGACUUUGCAAGAAGUAAUAAAGGUGACAAUGGAUUAUGA